GCGAUAUUCCGCCUGCUGUGGCGUAUGGUGACUAGACAUCACAUAUCAGGAGCUAACUAAGCUAACGCUAGGCUAACUAGCUGCUACAGGGUGACAUGUAGUCAACUUUAUACUCAGUUUCAAUAAGGGAGCUUCCAGAGUGAUUGGGACAUGGAGUUAAGGAAAAUGAAGGACCAGGUGACCCGGCCAGGAUUCCUGCAGUCAAAGUCUCCAUUGGUCCAGGCUAUAUUCAGUCGAAAUGCAGAAGAAGUGACAUUUUUGUUAAACUCUAAUGAAGAUGUCAAUUCACUGGACCAAGACCAAAGCACGCCACUUCAUGCUGCUGCUUAUUUGGGUGAUGUUCACACUAUGGACCUGCUUAUUACUUCAGGUGCGACUGUCAACGCCAAGGACCAGAGUUUGCUGACUCCUUUACAUCGAGCAGCUGCCUCUCGCAAUGAAAAAGCCGUUGAGCUUCUACUAUUGCACAGAGCAAAGGUCAACACACAGGACAAGUACAGGCAUACACCUUUACACAUGGCAGCUGCAAAGUGGGCCACAGGCUGCGCUAAAGCUCUGAUACCACACGUGUGCAGUCUGGAUGUUGCUGACAAGUCAGGGAGGACACCACUGCAUCAUGCAGCACACAGCGGUUACGGAGAGAUGGUACACUUGCUCCUCAGCAAAGGUGCCAAUGUGAAUGCCAAAGAUGAGAACGAAAGGCAGGCAAUCCACUGGGCUGCAUACCUGGGACAUGUGGAGGUUCUGAAGCUGCUCGUGUCACACGGUGCCGACGUGAUGUGCAAAGACAAACGUGGCUACACUCCGCUCCAUGCUGCAGCAGUCAGUGGACAGUUGGAGGUGGUCAAAUAUCUCUUGAGACUGAUGGUCGAGAUUGACGAACCUAACAUUUUUGGGAACACAGCGCUGCACAUGGCCUGUCACACGGGGCAGGAUGCUGUGGCCACCGAGCUGGUGAACUGUGGUGCCAACAUCAAUCAGCCCAAUUGCCACGGCAGCAUGCCACUGCACCUGUCGGCCGCCUCCUCCAGCGGGGUGCUGUGUCUCGAGCUGCUCAUCAACAACGGUGCCGAUAUCAAUGUUCAGAAUAAAGAAGGGAAGAGCCCUCUGCAUAUUGCUGCUAUGUACGGGCGCUUCACAGGCUCACAGAUUCUUAUCCAAAAUGGGGUUGAGAUUGACUGUGCUGAUAUGUUUGGAAACACUCCUCUUCAUGUUGCGGCCAGAUACGGUCAAGAGUUGCUGAUCAGCACUCUGCUGACUAACGGUGCUGAUAAGAACAGACAGGGCAUUCAUGGGAUGCUUCCACUGCAUUUGGCGGCACUCCACGGAUUUCCAGACUGUUGUCGGAAGUUACUAUCCAAUGGCCAGUUUUACGUCAUGCCGUCUCGGCUUCCAUCAGCUGGGGAUGAUAUAAACAUUUUAGACGACCAGGGGAGGACCUGUCUGCAUGCAGCUGCCUCUGGAGGAAAUGUUGAUUGUCUCAACCUGCUGUUGAAUAGUGCCGCUUCGGAACUGGAUGCCAAAGAUCAUUUGGGAAGAUCCUCUUUGCACUAUGCUGCAGCUAACGGGAACAGCCAGUGCACAAUCUCCCUGGUGAGAGCCGGCGCCGAGGUCAAUGAGCUGGAUCUGACGGGCUGCAGCCCUCUGCACUACGCCGCUGCUUCACACACCUUUUGUGGGGAAACAAACUCUGAGCCCAAUCACUGUGAUGAAAAGCAACAGGAAGCCUCACUGUGUUUAGACUUUUUACUUGAUAAUGGAGCAAACCCGACUCUGAAGAACAGUAAGGGUUACAGUGCUGUCCACUACGCAGCAGCUUACGGGAACAAACAGCACCUGGAACUGCUUCUCGAGAUCUCGUUCAACUGUCUUGAAGAGGUGGAAAGUAAUAUUCCAGUCAGUCCUUUGCACUUAGCUGCUUAUUAUGGUCACUGUGAGGCACUGUGCUUGCUUUGUGAGACACUAGUGAGUCUGGAUGUGCGGGAUAUUGAGGGCAGAACCGCCCUCCACCUGGCUGCCCAGAGAGGUUUUGCCACCUGUGUGGAGGUGCUGCUGAAGCACAAUGCCUCCUACACGCUGAAAGAGCAAAAGCGCAAGUGGACGGCUCUCCAUGCUGCAGCUGCUGAGGGCCAAAUCGACUGCCUGCUGUUAUUGGUCAGUGGGGAACAAAGUUCUGACAUCAUCGACAGUCCAGACACUCAGGGACAGACGGCUCUCAUGCUGGCAUCGCUGGGACGUCACACCGACUGUGUCCACAUCCUGUUGGAGAAAGGAGCAAAGGCAGAUGCUGCUGACAAAAAGGGCUUCACUGCACUACACCGAGCUGGUAUUUUGGACAGUGAGCACUGUGUAUCUGCUCUAUUGGAACAUGGGGCCUCAGCUCUUUGUAGAGAUUCUUGGGGAAGAACCCCGCUGCACCUCGUAGCGUCGCGUGGGCACACAAAGCUACUUGGAACUUUGCUAAAGGCUGCUAUGAAAGCUGACCCUCUAGACUCCAUAUUGGACUUCAGCGGCUACACACCCACCCACUGGGCCGCCCACCACGGGCAUGAAGGAUGUUUACACAUUUUACUUGAAAACAAACCCUUUAGCAACCAGGAGGGAAAUCGCUUUACUGCAUUGCACUGUGCUCUAGUUAAUGGACAUGAUGUUGCUGCUGGACUUCUGGUUAAGACUGCGGGUCCAAAACUUGUUAACAUUAGUGAUGCCAAAGGAAGGACAGCGCUGCAUGCAGCUGCUUAUUCAGGCAAUGUCCGUGGGCUCCAGCUGGUCCUGGCCCAUGGAGCGCAAGUCAAUGCUGUGGAUCAUUGUGGAUGCUCUGCUUUGAUGGUUGCUGCUGACAGUGGACAGACGCUGGCUGUUGAGUUCCUGCUCCACAAAGUGAAGCCUGACCUGACCCUGGUGGAUGUCAAUAAUAACACUGCCCUUCACAUAGCCUGCAGCAAGGGUCAUGAGAUGUGUGCCUUGUUGAUCCUCGGCGAGAUCAGCAACUGCUCCCUCAUAAAUGCGACCAACAGCGCCCUCCAAAUGCCCCUUCACAUUGCAGCAAGAAAAGGCCUGUCAACUGUAGUGCAAGUGUUAUUGAGCAGAGGAGCUGCAGUCAUGGCUGUAGAUGAGGAGGGCCACACUCCGGCUCUGGCAUGCGCCCCGAACAAGAAAGUGGCAGACUGCCUGGCGCUGAUCCUCUCCACCAUGAAGCCUUUCCCACCCAGAGAGGCCGGCGCUGCUACGGCCUCCCACUUCAACCCCAUCCUGAAGAAGUACGGCAUUGCAGCCCCCUGCGGGUCCAGCGGUAACCUUUGUCACGCCUAAGUCAAGGUGCCGCACUCAAGGGCUGCCCGCAUGGGUGUUUGACAGAGUGAAAUUUCAUCCCAUUGCAGCCCAAAGUGUCCACACAGAACCACGCAUACAAGUGUUCAUGAACAUGUGUGUGUCAUGCAUUUCUUCUUCUCUCACGUGUGGUGACAUUUAAACAUGUGUCAUAUGCAUCUCCAUGUGGUCAUGCCCCAGUAGCAUUGAUUGCUUCUUUUAAAUGUAGUCCUACACACUACUAAUAUUAACAGGCCCCUUGGAUUAUCUUCUCCAUGAUGAGUGGAGCUUAGCACACAUAUUUAUGCUAACCAUUGUAAAGGAAGUUGGAACAUGCGCACACUAGACAAGCCUCUCUACUUGAAGCCUGUCCACUGUCAGUGUUUUGGCUUGAUUUCUCAUUUACCGACAAAGCCUGAAAUGAUCCAUGUUUGUCUCCAGCUGAUGCAAGAGCAUGAACCCUCGGAUGAUCGAGUGUUUGUUUUUCAUAUACGUGUGUCCGCAUUUUGCGUAAUGGAAAUCGCUUCUUAACACAGUUGUUUUAAGAGAACGGGUGCUUUAAACCGUAUAUGCAAUUAAUAAGACUAUUUUUCUAUACUGUCAAGAAGCAGACGGUUCACUGAUAUAAAUAACCUCAUUACUCAAAAUCUGAUCAUCAUUUAAAAUGUGUCACAUUUCAGUUCAGUAACGUCACAAGCACGUGCAUAGCAGUAGUUAUACCGUUUACAGAGUCUAGUAUAUAUAUGAAAAUGGAGCUAACAUUUUAUGUGUAUUAUCCAAAAUUAUUGAGAAUCAACCUCAGGUCACCACAUACUGUACUGUGGGUGCAAUAAAAAGUACAUUUUGAGCUACAUGUUCCAUGACAAAUACAUUACAGAGCGUAUGAUGUUUCUGUUAUAUGAGCCAGAGAAUAAAACAAACAACUGAAAGGUCAAAUAAAUGGAAUAUUUAUGUUGUUAUGAAGAGUUUCCAAGCACAGUCUUUAAAAAGUCUUUAUCUUUUCACUGAAUCUGAAACUAAAGUUUAAUUUUGUGUUAAUAGACUGAUUAUUAUUCAUCUUAAUCAUUCAGACCACAGCACAAGUUUCAAUAGCCCAAGCUAGUGUAUUUCAAUUUCUUGUUUUUUCUGAACCACAGUCUAAAACCAAAGAUAUUUAAACUGCAAAUGGUUAAGAAAGUGAAUCCAGGAAAUAUCAAUUAGUUAAAUGUAAAUGAUUAAAUUGUUAAUUAAUUUUCAGUAGAUCAAGUAAAUUCAUUGUUUCAGUGCCACUUUUUACUUUUUUUAAUUGCUGUAAUGUUGUCCGUGUGCAAUGAAAUGAAACAUCAAACUCCUCAAAUCUGAUACCUGUAACCAUAUAUGUGAAACCCUAUGAACUGAAAGCAUUGUGUGUCUAGUAAACUUGUGACAUUCUAUGAUUGAGAAACGACAAACUUGAGACGCUCACGUGUUUUUUAACCAGUUUUUCACUUCAACGAAUUAGCACAAUGGUACAAAGAGGUUUCUGCAUCUCUUGCUUUAAAUAUCGUGUUUUUAGGAAUUGAGAUUUGCACUAAAUGUUUAUCUUUUUACAAUCUGAAAAUUGUAUUCACACACAGACUGACAUUUUCCCCUUUUGUUAAUUGAUUUUUCAAGAGUAAUACCUGCUAUCAUCUUAAAAUGGCUUUAAGCUAUUUGCACUCUUGAGAAAAGUUUACAUUUUACGGUAAGAUGUCCUUCUUAGUUUUAUGCAAAUAUAUAUAUAUAUAUAUAUAUAUACAAUUUUUAAGUGUAUUUUACAACUUUUAACUUUAAACGUACCAAUAAAUGCUAAAAUCUAAGUCAGUUUGAGUGUUCUUGUUUCACUCGGAGGAAGUAAUUUGGGAAAAAACUACUUUCAUUGACUUUUUUUAGAUAUUGUUUGUCUUUAGAAGUGCUCUGUUGCAGCUUUUCAUGUGAACAAACCUUCCUCUGAAUAUUUCAGGAUGUAACUCCCAACUUGAAAACAAUGUUAUUGAGUUGUAAAUGGCCUUCAUAUGAUACAAAACCAAUAAAUCACUACAAUGAAAAUA